AUGGAGGUGAUGGUGCCGGUGGCGGCGGAGUUCCAUGCGGACAGUACGUCGUCGACGCCAUACGCAAGCGCUCCGACGAGCCCGCGGCGGGGCGGUGAGUGGUCGGGGCGGUACUACACAAGCGCUCCGGCGAGCCCUUCUCGCGCCGCCGCCAUCUUCCGGGAGUUCAACGCCGCCAUGGGAAGCCCUCGGCUAGCUUCAAGGUCUUCCGUCAUCCCCUUCGAGUGGGAGGAAACCCCUGGCACGCCGAAAUCGCAGCAGACGGCGGCGGAGGAGGAGGAUGAGGACGUUGAUUUCGCGUUCGACUUCAGCGGGCAGCUCGAUAUGGGCGGGUCGUCGCCGUUGACCGCCGACGAGCUCUUCGAGAAGGGGAUGAUCCGCCCCCUGAAGCUGCCCCCUCGGCUGCAGUACGUGCCGCCGCCGCCGGCAGUCAACGGUGAGAAGAGCCCGGGUAUAUCUCCGAGGUCGCCCAGGUCUCCGAGGUCGCCGGCGAUGAGGUUCCGGCGUUCGCCGCGGCGGUGGGGGACGCAGGAGGACUUUGACCCAUUCACCGCUGCCAUCGAGGAGACCACCAGAGGACGCGACCGCGCCGGCGACGAUAAUACCGGGCGGCGGAGCCGCCGCGCCGCUAGAUCUCUGUCCCCUCUCCGGCGGGUCUUCGACUUCAACAGCAAGCCGGCGGCGGCCGCCGCCGGCCACGCUCCGGCGACCGCGGUAUCCACCUCGGCGGCGGCGGCGGCGAUGAGGUGGAUGAAGGGCGGCGGCACCAUGAAGUGGCGGCUAAAGGACCUCCUCCUCUUCCGGAGCGCCUCCGAGGGGCGGGCCACCGGCGGCGCCGCCGACAAGGACCCCCUGAGGAAGUACACGGCGCUGUCGCCGUCGUCAGCAGCGAUGCUCUCCCGGAAGGGCAGCGCCGCCUCCGCCGCCUCCACCGCCUCCAUCGCCUCCAUCUCCCCCUCCGCUUCCGCGGGCGAGGAGGUCAGGAACUCGAGCUUCCGCUCCACAGACGGCGGCGGCUCGGUAGGGGGCAGUUCGAGAAGGGGAGCAUCUGCGCACGAGCGACACUACGCCGCCAACCGUGCGGCGAAGGAGGAGAUGAGGAGGAAGACGAUGCUCCCUUACCGCCAGGGACUCUUCAGCUGCCUCGGAUUCAACCCCGCCAUCAACGGCGUCGCGAAGGGCUUCUCCGCCUUCCGCACCCGCCCAUGA